AUGUGGUGCUUUAAUUUAAUCCUCGUGUUAACUACGAUAGUAUAUGCAACUGGGUCUCCUUUGUACAAUGAGACAAGUGUAGGAGCUAGUUGCACAAUAACUUCUUUCUCACAAGUUAAUAGCGUAGUAAAAAGUUGUACAAACAUAAUUAUUAAUGGACUUGCUGUACCUACAGGAAAAACUUUGCAACUUGACUUAAAAUCUGGAACUACUUUAACUUUCCAAGGUACUACAUCUUUUGGUUAUGGUACGAAAUGGGAAGGGCCACUAAUAUUUAUUACUGGAAAUAGGAUUACUGUGAAUGGAGCUCCUGGUUCAAAAUUAGAUGGACAAGGACCUCAUUACUGGGAUGGAAAAGGUGGCGCAAAUAAAGGAAAACCAAAAUUCUUCAGAAUCAAAGCUACUGGUGGAUCAACGUUCUCAAAUGUCCACUUGUUGAACUGUCCUAUUCAAUGUGUAUCGAUUCAAAACUCCAACCACCUCACUUUAUCAGGAUGGAAUAUUGAUAAUUCAGCUGGUGACAGAAAUAAAUUAGGACACAAUACCGAUGGAUUUGACAUUUCUAAUUCAGAUACAGUAACAGUGAAAAACUCCGUUAUUAUGAACCAAGAUGAUUGUGUUGCUGUUAAUUCUGGAAAAAAUUUACACUUUUCAAACUUGCAAUGUUAUGGUGGACACGGUUUAAGCUUGUCUGUUGGAAUGAGUAAAACUGAUUCUUCUAAAAACCAGGUAUCUAAUGUCACUUUUAGUGAUUGUACUGUUAAAAAUUCCCGUAAUGGUAUCCAUGUUAAAACGCAUUCCGAUGCUACUUACGGAUCUGUUAAUGAUAUUACCUAUAGUAAUAUACAAUUAUAUGGAAUCACCAACUAUGGAAUAAAUGUACAACAAGAUUAUAAAGAUGGUUCGUCAUGUGGAGUUCCAACUAAUAAUAUUCCAAUUAAAGGGUUAAAAAUGAGUAAGAUAACUGGAACUAUGAGCGGAUCUAACUCAGUAGCAGUUUAUGUAAUGUGUGGAAGUAGUGGAUGUUACAACUUCAAUUGGUCUGGAGUAUCGAUUUCUGGUGCCAGAAAGGGAAGCUUCUGUAAAAAUUACAGACCCCCUGGUGUUAGUUGUGAAAUGUGA